AUGGAGGGUCAGGAGUGGAGAGACGAGUGGCAUCAACCCAGACAGAUGGACGGUAUCGUGUCUAGUCACUUUUCCCGCGGAGCAUUUCACCUACAUUCAUUAGCUGAGCGAGUUAGUCGGGACCAGGAACAGCUGCCUGUUCUUCCACCGAUCCAGAACACGUCAAGAGAUGCGCACGCACCUGUUGUUUAUUCUGAAACCUGUUCGCGUAGCACAUAUUCUCCUCUUCAGGCCCUGAGUGAGAGUACCUGUAGGGACCAUGGGGCGCAAGCAGUUCCUCCUCCACCACAACCACCUCCGCGAAUGCAGGUAUCCAACCAAAAUGUCAGCCUACAUCCCGCUGUGGCGCGCUGCACUGCAUCAUUAGAAUUAGCAGCUCUAUGGAGAAGUUUCCACGAGCUCGGUACAGAGAUGAUCGUCACGAAGGCUGGACGAAGAAUGUUUCCAGCGCUUCAAGCUAGACUCUCUGGCUUACUCCCUAACGCUGAUUACUUGCUAUUGGUGGAUUUCGUGCCUUUAGAUGAUAAGAGAUAUCGAUAUGCGUUUCACAGUUCAAGCUGGGUGGUAGCGGGCAAAGCAGAUCCUGUGUCUCCGCCGCGAAUCCACGUCCACCCAGACUCACCAGCAACUGGUGCACAUUGGAUGCGACAAUUGGUCUCUUUUGACAAACUGAAGCUUACUAACAACCAGCUCGAUGAUAAUGGCCACAUAAUUCUAAAUUCGAUGCAUCGCUAUCAACCCCGUCUUCACGUGGUAUAUCUUCCCGGAGAUGGUCAGACCGCUGCCCCCGGGACGGUACCCUAUCGCACCUUCAUCUUUCCAGAAACUGGCUUUACUGCUGUCACUGCGUAUCAAAACCAUAGAAUAACUCAACUGAAAAUUGCAAGCAAUCCUUUCGCUAAAGGUUUUCGAGAUUGUGAUCCAGAUGACUGCCCACCAGACCAAAGUCCACAGAGGAGUGCACCGCGAAGACGUGAACCUCAGCCAGCUGAGCCCUACUCUUUGGGGCAACCUUACGCUGGUGAUCCCAGUUCUAGUGGACCAUUAUAUCCUGCACAUGCCCACCCAGUUAGAUACCAGCCACACGCGGGACACAAUAGUGCCUACUCCGCGUAUUACGCCCACAGAUAA